UUUUUUUUUAAUUGCAAAGGUCUGUGUUUAUUAAUAUGGGCCAGAAAGGCAAAUAACUUGUUUCUAGAAGGAAUAAUCCUCCAAAAUCAGCAUGAUCAGCUGCAAGUUCUAAGCAAUGUUCCUGAAAAAGUACUUAGGUCCAAAGAGGUUUUCAGAGGGGAUCCAUGAGGUUCUUGGAGCCCUCAUCAUGAAGUAAACUGGCUUUUGCUGUGAGAAAUGCCUUUCACUUCUUCACUUUAAUAGCAGGAAAACAGGAAGGAAAUAACAGAAAUAGGAAGUGUACUCAUCUAAAUAGACCUUGGUAACUUGCAGUUUCAGAAUGUCAGGUAGAUCGCAAAAUGAAAAGAAAAACACAAAAAGAUACAAUUCUUACUACAUCUCUGAGCUUUGGAAGAAGAAAAUACAGUUGUUUAUACAAACAGGGGUCAAAGCACAGUAAAUGAUAUGCAGGCAAUAUAGUAAUUAUCACCACUGCAGCAACACCUGGCUUGUGAAGCCAUGUAAUUGUGGAAGAUGAACAGAUACAGUGUAACACUUAAUGUUUAACUCCAACAACAAGAUCAUCUCAAAAUAAGGACUAUUGAGUUGUAAGUAGUUACUCUUUUCAACUAAUUUACACUAAUUUUUCAUGUUAGAAGCAUAAUGAGAGUUCAGGUGUUUGUAAUCCAUAUAUGCUUUGCUUUUCUACAGGUCAACACUUGGUACACAAAGAAUGUUCAUGUUUUAAUCAAAUCAUCAAGGAAUUGUUUAUUCAAACCAACAAUUCUUUGUGCAUUUCUAAUCAAUUCUUUCAGUCUUGUCAUACAUCAAACCGACUAAAAGAAACAUUUUCUGCUGGCUCUUAAUGAGUUAAUUUCUCCCACCUGCCGUAUUUCCUCCAAAGCAAGCACAAAGUUUAUUUUUACAGCUGAAUUCCUAAAUAGCAGGUCAGUAAGAGGAAGGGAAGGUUUGCUGCAACUGGGAUUUCAUGUUAUGCUUUUCAGGAACAAUAAAUUUCUUUGAGAAAUAUUCUGGUCAAUGAGUGUAGUGGCGGUUGAGCUUUUGGUGAAUUACCUUCGCUAUAUUUUAUUGUACUUAGAAAAGAAGAAAGAAGCAACUAAGAAAAAAUGAAAAAUGCUGUCUUUAGAACAGUGGGAAAGGAGCCAUAAUUUUUCCAAGGCCAACUGCCUAUGACUCCAGCUGCUGUGCGAUGUGGGAAUCCCUGCUUUUGUUAGGACUGCAGGAGGGCAUCCCAAACAGGACAUCUGAUGCUCCGAGGGAAGGAUUUGCCGGUAGGAGCGGCAGAGCCAUGGAGAACGGACGCCUUCGACCGGGAGGUCACGGCACUGGCCGCAAUGUGCUGCCCAGCGCGUUUCAGGAGCGAUCUGACCGACUGCGGGCUUCUGGAAAAGUCACGGGGCUGGGCGCUGCGUGGGUGAGGCUGGCGCAGCGUUGCAGGCGCAGGAAGCUGCAGGAGCCCGGCGGGACUCCACACGCCGCGCACCCAUCCGUGUGCCUGCCUGCGUGUGUGAGGGCGCUCCAUGGGCGCCGCCAGCGCGGCUCCCCAUGGCCGGCCAGCGGGACUACAGCUCCCAGCGGCCCCCGCGCACAUCCCGCGCCUGCGCACGCGGUCCCCGGGGCGGAGGCGGCUGCCUGUUCCUUGAGCGCGAACCCGGCCGCGACCGGACUACAUCUCCCAGCGGCCCCCGCGCACAUCCCGCGCCUGCGCAAGCGGAGCCGGCCCGGCCGCACUCCGCCGUUGUCGCCGUCGGUGGGUGGGUGGGGGAAGGGAGCGAGCGGGAGGAGGAGGAGGGAGGGGGGGGAGAGUUGA